AAAUCAAACCCCUGGAACUAGACACUGAUUUAUUGAUAAGGGUCUCAUACUUCUUGUACAGCCAGUCAUUUUAUCUAGUCCAUGUGUAUGUGCAGGCAUUGUAGCGGGGCGUGGCUAAGCGCGCGGUGACUUUUUCUCGCGGAGCUGCUUGAAAAGCUACGACUUGAGCUGGGCUUCCCUUCACGGCGGCAACAUGAAACCAGAGACCGUUCCAAGUGACGCGCGCCUCAACUUGUGAACAACACUGGCGUGGAAGUUUUGUAAAGCGAGGUGGAUGUUUACUCAAAACCCAUCACUGAGAACACGGUGGAUUAUUACAAGAUUUAUUUACCGCGGAACCCAAUCCAGAAUGCGCACUGAUGCAAUUUUCCAACAUUCCAUGCACAUCUGUUAAAAUUCUGCUGAGAUGAAUCCUAGGCCUCACAUUUACAUUUCUAUCGAAUUGAUCAUUGCUGUUUUGUCCAUCGCCGGCAAUGUUUUGGUUUGCUGGGCUGUUGCCAUCAACUCUACUCUGAAGAACGCAACUAACUACUUUUUGGUGUCCUUGGCGGUGGCCGAUAUCUUGGUUGGUUGUCUGGCUAUACCUUUCGCCAUCACCAUCAGCCUGAGUCUGGACGCAGACUUCUACGGAUGCCUGUUCCUCGCUUGCUUUGUUUUAGUUCUCACCCAGAGUUCAAUUUUUAGUCUUCUGGCAGUGGCAAUUGACAGAUAUCUGGCGGUCAAAAUUCCCCUAAGAUACAAGGAGCUGAUGACAGGGAAGAGGGCACGGGAGAUCAUAGCCGUCUUGUGGAUCCUGUCCUUCAUCAUCGGCCUGGUGCCCUUCCUUGGCUGGAACAAGUGGGAGGAUGCCUGCUGCCCCAAGAGCAGCAAUGAGACCCUGUCUGAAGAGUCGGAGGACCCCAACAACCCCAGCAACCCUGACCCCAACUGCAGUAUGCUGCAUAGCUGCCAGCUCAAGUGUCUGUUCGAGGGCGUGGUGGACAUGGGCUACAUGGUCUACUUCAACUUCUUCGGCUGCGUGCUGCCUCCGCUGCUCAUCAUGCUGGGCAUCUACAUCAAAAUCUUCACGGUGGCGCGGCACCAGAUGCGGCAGAUCGAGCUCAAGUGCAGCGUGGGCAACGGCGAGAGCCACCACCAUGGCCUGCUGCAGCGGGAGAUCCGUGCAGCCAAGUCGCUGUCCAUCAUCGUGGGGCUGUUCGCCCUGUGUUGGCUGCCGGUGCACAUCCUCAACUGCCUCACACUCUUCUACGAGGGCCUGGAGAAGCCAGACGAGGUCAUGUACGUGGCCAUCCUGCUGUCGCACACCAACUCGGCCGUCAACCCCAUCAUAUACGCCUACCGCAUACAGGACUUCCGCGUGACCUUCCGGAAGAUUCUCUCCAGACACUUCCUGUGCCGCAAGGACGAGCUGUACCUGGGGUCCAACGGCAGCAAGCGGCACAGGGACCAGAUCAACCAGAUGACCAUCGACCCAUUGCUAUAGCGCAGCUAGGUUUUCAAAGUGUGGCGUGGUGCAGGGACCACCGGUGGUCCGUGGGAGAGCUCAAGUUGUCCAUGAGGGGGAUUUCUGCCAGUGUAGUCAGUCUUUGCAAGACAAGCCCAGUGGGUGUAUUUGUAGAAUUAUUAAAAGGUUAAACCUGAGAAACACUGCUAAAGUGGGACAGGGACAGGGAUGACGAAGGGGGGCAGACAAACUUUGACCACUCUUUAAACAUUUUAAAUGUGUUCAGUGUUUUUUUCUAUAUUCUAUGUGACGUGCAUAAAGGAAUGUUUACAGAAUAGGAUGGAGUGUGCGCUAUCAAACUACACGUUGUCGAGAUGCCUUUUGAUGUGAAUUGUUAUUUAUGAAGUGAGCACACAACAACUGGACUGAUUUCCUGAAAGUGGGUGCUUAUGUUUUGUUUUGUUUGUUUGUUUAUGUUUUGUGGACCAUUUUCCAGUUGACAGUAACUUUCAGGAGCACCAUCAUUUCAUUUUACCUCUUCAUCUUCAUAAAACCAUGUAGCUUACCAUACAAAAGAUCGGACCCAUCCCAAAGUGCAGUACAAACUUGGACAAAAAGGUGUAAUCCUUUACCUAAGCCUCGACGCGGAUACAUUUGUAGUCACAAGAGAAUUAGCACCAGGCAGCUGAGCAUUUUUGCAGUGUAAAGGGAAAAUAUGAGACCAAUGACAGACAAAAAAAAUCACAGGAAACACCUCCUAUGGAACUGUGUAAGCAGGAAAUACCUGUCUUUUUGUCAGUAAAACCUGAGGUGAAAUCCUGAAGUGAAAGCAUUUAAAACAUAUAGAGGUAUUUAUUAGUUCUGUGGCGUACCGCAGAUGUGAGAAUAAAUGGAGGGUGACGAAAGAGCUCCUGACAGGGCAGGACUUGUAAUAUAGAAACAUGGCCAGUUUUAUGUGUAUUUGACAUUCACUGACAUUUGUGUACUGUGCACAUGUUAAUCUUUAUUUGGGAUUCAAGUUGGAAAGCUCAGGAAUCAUCAACAGAGAGUGCACACCGCUUGCAGCCCUGUUUGGAAUGUAGGGAUUUUAGAACUCAGAUUUCAAUUAACACACAAAGGCCCAGCUGCAACUAACUUUUCUCCAAGCAGUUGAAGUCCCCAAACUUGAUCCCCCCCCAAGAGAGAAAUCUACACCCUUGCACAUGGCGCAAGCAGUCCCCAGCUGUGGUUGUAACCAGAGCCGCUGACAGCUUUGGCCGGGCCCGGGACAGAGUAAUCUAAAAGUCCCCAAACCCAGUGUACAAUGUAAUAAGGACCCAAUUCUGGGCCCCCUGUCUCCCUGGCUCUGGGAAAACUGACCCCUUUGUGGCCUCCUGUCGGCUUCCCUGGCUGUGGCUCUGGGCUCCCGUCAGCCCCACUGUUAGAUAACCGCACCAAGGGCUGCAUUUGUCAUUGACUGAGAGCACUCAUCCGACAUCAGGAAAAAUACCCAGACAAGCCCCACAGCAUGUAACAGAGAUGUGGAGGGGCAUUCAGAUAGGAACUAAACGAGAAAGGCUGCUUUUACAAACACAAUACAGUACAUACACAGUAUUUGAAGAAGAGAUAGAACCAUGAAACUAUAAACGAUGAAUACAUGAAAGCUGCUUGCUGCACAGCAGCAGGAUCCCAAUGCGCUACAAAGUCUGGACACAUUUCAGAAUGUACAAGCGUGGUUAUCUGUUUGUUUGUAAACAUGUGUGUUUGGGAUUGAGAAAGGACCAAUAAGUAUUUGCUUGAUAUACAGUACAUAAGUACUAGUCAAGCGCUGUACAAACACUACCAUGGGAAUCCCAGAGCUUCUAAUAUUUCCUGAAAUCGUUAGGUUAGAACCAAUUUUAUUUGAUUUUAUUUAACUGUGAGUCUGGUGCUGCACUGUACUGUACUGUAAUGUGUACUUCGGGUGAGCUUUCAAAUGCACUGACGUGUGAUAAGAUGUGUUCGAUUACAAUACAAUUUUAAAAAUAUGAAAAGUGGCCCAAUUUACCUGAAUUCACCAUAUAUAUAUUUAGCUGGUGCCUGAUAGUACCAUCUGGUGUCUGAUAGUACCAUCCCAGCGUUGCGAUAUUAUUAGUGCAUUGUCUGGCCACCCCUUGGCAAGGAAGAGAACAGAAAUGGAGAUUGAUGUGCGAAGCCAAAGCCCCCUGGGCAGCCCUCUAAAGCCCUCCGAGGAGGCAGUAUAAGUGCUUGAAAUUGUUUUGUUCGAUACUUAAAAGGGCUAAACUACAGGAAUGACUCUGCGUAUGGCCAUUCCUCUGGAGACCAAUCUGUAUUUAUUUUUUUACGCUGCUGUCCUUUAAUCUUUUUGUUUGUUUGCACCACUGUGCAUUCCGGUAGGUCUACUUCGGUAGUCAUAGACGACAAGGUAUGAGUCUAUGUAGAUUUUACUAUCCUGCCACUGAUCUUUUUUUUCAUUAAAUAUUGUUUUGCUUCAGUAAGGUCACUAUUCAGCACACACAGUGGUUCACAAUGUUAUGGUGUUUUUUGAUGCUUGAAGACCAUUUUGACAUUCUUACUACACAUGUAAACCAGUAUUGUUAUUUAACAUAAAUAAAAAUGUAUGUAUU